AUGGUGUCUUCCGUCGAGCGUGCUAUUUCUUUCGAUUUCUCCGAAGUGGUCGUCGUCAACCCGGAAAUUUGCGGUACCGAUGUUUCUGCAUUCUCUGCCAAUCUUGCGGGUCUGCUGAUUAAACUCGGUUUGUCCGUCAGCCAGAGGAAUUGGGAUACCAUAGGAGACGUGUCUGGAAAAUCCUUGGGGAGAUGUCGGAACCAGUCUUUGAAGUGGUUAAGGGCAUGGGCGUUGAACAGCGCGGGCGUCUUGUGGAUCACCCAAGGUGGUCAGGUCUCUGGUCCUUUCAAGCCAUAUUCUGGCGUUUGCACGGGCUUCUUUCGAGCUCUUCGCUCGGAGAAUCCCGAGAAACGCCUCGGCACAUUGGACCUAUCUCUAAAUCUUGAUCUGCAUUCAGAGCUCGCCGCCACUCUGGUUUCUGAAGUUUUUGAGGGCCUUUUCAGCACAACAGAGCGAGAAACCAGAGAUUACGAGUUCGCGGAGGACGAGUGCUGCCUGUACGUGCCACGACUUGUCGAAGAUCCGGCGCUGAAUUCGGCAAUGCGAGCGUUGAAUGAAAAGCCUCGACCCGUCAUGGAGAAACUGCUCCAAGAAGAGCGACCGUUAAAGAUGGAACUUGGCGAGCCUGGUCUACUCAGUACGUUCCAAUUUGUCGAUGACAAACAAUUCCAGGAGCCCUUGGGUGGCGAUUAUGUAGAAAUGAAGGUUCUGUGUACUGGGCUCAACUUUGUGAACGUGAUGGCACCCUUAGGACAAGUUCCUACGCCUACUCUUGGCUGUGAAGUGGGAGGCAUCAUCACCAAGGUAGGACCGGCUGUGACCAAGUUCAAGGCAGGAGAUACAGUGGCGGGUAUGCUUCAAGGCAGUUUCGGCACUCAUGUUCGUAUCAGGCAGACCGUCAUCCAGCACGUCCCUGCCCAUAUGACUGUCGAAGCAGCAGCCACCGUCAUCACCGCCUUCUCGACCGCAUGGAUAGGGCUGGUCAGUAGGGCUAGACUGCGUCAAGGAGAAACGGCACUCAUUCACUCCGGAGCUGGUGGCGUGGGCCAAGCCGCAAUUCAGAGUUGCCAGUACUUGGGCGUGGAGGUCUACACCACCGUGGGCUCCGUAGCCAAGAAAGACCUGCUUAUGGAGCGCUACAGGAUCCCCGGGGACCACAUUUUCAAUUCCAGGGAUGGCACUUUUGCCCAAGGUGUCAUGAGAAUGACAAAGCGCCGUGGUGUUGAUGUGGUCCUCAACUCUCUGUCAGGAGAAUUCUUGCGUCAGUCCUGGCAUUGCCUAGCUGAUUUUGGACGCUUCAUUGAAAUCGGCAAACGAGAUCUCCUGGGAAACACGGGCCUCGAUAUGCAGCCCUUCCUUCGUGGUGUCAGUUAUAUGGGUGUUAACCUCGAGCAGUUCCACCCCACCAGUACAGCGCACAUGGAAUUGUCAGAGGCUCUCCAAGACAUUUUCGACCUCCUCAGCAUCAAGAAAUUGAGAGAGCUGUAUCCUAUAACGAUCUAUACCUAUUCUGAGGUAGAGCAGGCUUUCCGAGCGCUACAGUCAGGGAAGGUGCCUGGCAAGAUUGUUGUCCGAGCCAGCCCAGACGAUAUAGUUCCAGUCCUACCCGCCGCCAACCCUUCCUUCACCCUGGAUGCCAACGCAACGUAUUUGUUAGCCGGUGGCCUUGGGGGGAUCGGGAGAAGCAUUGCGGACAUGCUCCAGUCUCAUGGCGCCAGGUACCUAGCGUUUCUCUCCAGGUCCGGUGAUUCAAAGCCAGAGGCACAAGCGUUUUUGAAGCAGUUGAGCCGUUACGGUUGCACUGCCAAGGCGUACACUUGUGUCAUCUCCGACCGUGAAACGGUCUUUCAAGCAAUUCGACAAUGCAGCUCUGAGCUACCGCCCAUCAAGGGCCUUGUUCAAUGUUCCAUGGUACUGAAGGACGGAUUGUUUGAUAACAUGUCUUAUGACGACUGGAUCACCUGUACCGGGGACGACUGGAUCACCUGUACCGGGGCCAAAAUUCAGGGAUCCUGGAAUCUUCACGAGGCCCUGCCCAAGCACCUCGACUUCUUCGUCAUGCUCUCGUCUAUCUCGGGCAUUAUCAGGAACCCUGGGCAAGCGAACUACUCGGCCGCGAAUGUCUACGAAGACGGUCUUGCUCACUUUCGACGCCGACAAGGGUUGGAGGCAACAGCCUUGGACCUUGGUGCUGUCCGAGACAUCGGCUAUCUAGCUGAGUCCGAAAACGCCGCUAACAUGAGCCAUUUGCAGGCACUGCAGGUGAGCGAAGCGGAUAUCCAUAACCUUCUUGAGGUCGUUAUCACGCGUCGCAGGCUUGGGGAUGAUGAAAUACCGGCGCAAGUGGUGAACGGCCUGGUUACCGGGGACGAGAUGGAGGAGGUCAUCCAGCGUACACAUUGGGCUCGAGAUGUCAAAUUCUCGAUUCUAUGGAAAACAAGCGAAUCCAGCGCGGAUGCUGGAGUUCUGGCGGGGUUGGACGCCUUCACUAAGGCGGAGUCACUGGUGGCGGCUGCCGCGAUCGUUGAAGACCAUCAUUUCGCGGAUUGCCAAAGUGUUGGUGAUGCCUUGGAUUCCUUGGUUGCAGUCGAAAUGCGAGCAUGGAUGGCCAAAGAGUUCCAAACUGAGCUCUCUAUCUUUGACAUUCUCAGUUCAAUCCCACUCUCGGGUCUAGCUAUGAAGAUUGUCCAGGAAAGCAACUUGCUGCCAGACAGGCUGAAGCAAGAAGUGCAGGAAAAUGAAGCGUCUGCAGAGAUCAAAUAG